AGCGACGAUGAUGCGUUCCCAACCUACCAGCUUACCAUCCUCGCGAUAUGCCGCUUCUCGGAGCCCAUCGCUUUCAAUUCGAUCCUCGCGUACACCUACGUGAUGGUCCAAGACCUGAACGGGAACGACAUCAACGCGUCUUUCUAUGCCGGCCUGCUCGUCUCUGCGUAUGCCGUGGCCGAGGCCCUCACUGCCAUGAUGUGGGGCGCCAUAUCAGAUCGCUAUGGGCGCAAGCCGGUGGUCCUGUUUGGCCUCUGUGGAGUGGCCCUUUCGAGCCUGCUGUUCGGCCUGGCCAAAAAGUACUGGGUGGCGCUGCUGGCCAGGUUCGUCGGAGGCUCUCUCAACGGCAACGUCUCUGUGAUGCAGACUAUGGUCGCCGAGAUGGUUAUGGACAAGCCGCAGCACGAACCUCGCGCCUAUGCCGUGCAGCCCUUCGUCUGGUUCCUGGGCUCCAUCAUCGGCUCUGCCAUGGGAGGCUUCCUUGCGCAGCCGGCCAAGUUCUACCCCGACAUCUUUCCAGAAGAUGGCCUGUUUGGCCAGUAUCCAUAUCUCCUCCCGAACCUGGUGGCCGUGGCCGUCAUUGUUGCCGCCGUCAUCCAGGGUAUCUUCUUCCUUGAUGAGACCAACCCUCGCUUCAAGAACAAGAAGACCAGGAAGACGAUCAGGAAUACCACCAUCGCACAGAAGCACCACCGAUCAUCUUCAGGCACGGGACUGCCGACCGCUACUGAUCAGCGAUUUGACCUUCGUCGCAACUCCUUUGGCACGAUCCACUCCAUCAGCGUGCGUCCAGACCUCCGCGACCCGUCACAAGACGCACGAGGCCAACAAGACCAACGAUCGGCUCACAAUCACCAUCAUGAUGACAAGACGACCCAGAGGGCAUUCAAUUUCUCCGUCAUCAUGCUCAUCAUCACCCUCGUAAUAGCCGCCUUCCACCAGAUGGCCUUUGGUGCCAUCUUACCCAUUUAUCUUUUAGACGCCCCUUCCUACAGCGCCGUUGGGCCUCAUCCUCGUCUGGAUCUAGUGGGAGGCAUGGGGUUCAGCCUUCACGAUGUCGGUGGUUAUCUGGCUGUCAACGGCUUCAUCGCCCUGUUUUGUCAGGGUGUCAUCUUCCCCGUCUUUGUCGAAAAGGCUGGCGUCUGGCUUUCCUUCCUCCUGCCCACCUUGCUCUAUCCCAUCUGCUACAUCAUCAUGCCUUUUCUCUCUCUCCUGCGGCCCAGCCGUGUGGACGACGGCGUCAACACCACUACCGCCGCUGCCCCUGAUGAAUCCUGGCUUCUACCGGCUGGUAUUUACGCCUCCAUGUUCCUGCAGAACCUCCUCGGCAUCAUCGCCACGCCUUGUGCCCUCAUUCUGCUCAAGAACGCCACACCCUCCCCGCUCGUCCUCGGGCGGGUCAACGGCCUUGCCAUGAGCGCCGUCUGCGCGGCCAGGACCGUGAGCUCACCGCUGGUGGGAGUUGUCUACGAUUUCGGCGGGAGCGCUGCGGCCUGGGGUAGCUGUGCUGCCGUCGCCGUUCUAGGCGCCGUGCAGCUGUGGUGGGUGCCGAGGGAAGGGAACAUGGCAGGGACGCGCGAGGCAGAGGUUCAUGUCGAGAAUGUGCUGGUGGGUCAC